AUGAUGCAAGCAUCAGCCCAUCAAUUAGUUUACCGCCUUUGGAAAGAGCUAAUUGGAGCCGACUCCUCGUCAAGUACUGAUCAUAUGCUUCAAAAUCAUAUGGAACUAGUUUUUGAAGCUGCAAAAGUAGGGAACGUUGAAAUUCUAAUUAUACUUAUACGCUCUUAUCCCGAUCUCAUAUGGCAAGUUGACGAAGAAGAAAAUGGAACUUUAUUUCACGUUGCUCUUAAACAUCGACAAGAGCGUGUUUUUAAUUUAAUAUAUGAGACAGGUGUUUUGAAGGGCAAGCUUGCGAGCUAUAAGGCCGGAGGGGAAAACAUGCUGCACUUAGCUGGACAAUUGCCUUCUUCAGAUCGACUGAAUAUCGUCUCAGGAGCGGCCCUUCAAAUGCAACGAGAGUUAUUGUGGUUUCAAGAGAUAGAAAAGAUCGUGCCGAAGGAUGAAGAAACACCCAAGGAUGGAGAAACACCUAAGGAUAUUUUUGUAAGGACCCAUAAAGAACUACAGAAGAAUGGUGAAAAGUGGAUGAAGGGCAUGGCAAGUUCUUGCAUGCUUGUGGCAGCACUGGUUGCCACUAUGGUUUUUCCAGCUGCCUUCACAGUACCAGGUGGCAACAAUCAAGAAACAGGCAUUCCUAUCUUUCUGGAAAGCAACUGGUUUACGUUAUUUCUCGUAUCAGAUGCGGUAGCCUUGUUAUUCUCUUCGUGUUCAAUAUUAGUUUUCUUGACAAUUCUCACGUCACGCUACACCGAAAAGGAUUUCCUCAAAUUAUUAUCUCGUAGGUUGGCAUUGGGACUCGCUACGCUUCUAAUUUCAAUAGUAGGCAUGCUGAUAGCCUUCAGUGCAGCCUGUUUUUUGGUCUUUAAAAGCAAAGCAAGUGUUCCGAUCCGAAUAAUUGUUGCGGCGCCCAUUGUUCCAAUUAGUUUGUUUGUUAUCCUACAUUAUGGCCUUUGGUUUGAUAUAUUCUGCUCAGCAUUCUGUUCAGAUUGGUUCCUUUUCCGGUCACAGAAUAGGCUUUUCAAUCCAAGCUGCCAGUAA